CAAUCAUCGAUGAGCACUGGACCGGAAGUUUUGAACAAGCCUAAACGCGGGAAGUUGCUCAUAUUCUUUAACCGGACGACAGUCAAGGUCGGUGUUAGAUUGAAAUAAGAUGAAGGUUGUAACUUGUGAGAUCGCCUGGCACAACAAGGAGCCAGUCUACAGUCUGGACUUCCAGCACAGCUCCGAUGGACGCACACAUCGUUUGGCCACAGCUGGCGUGGACACCACGGUCAGGCUUUGGAGAGUCGACAUGGGCCCAGAUGGAAAAGCGGCGGUGGAGUUUCUGUCUAAUCUGGCCAGACACACAAAGGCUGUCAAUGUGGUCCGCUUUAGCCCCAGUGGAGAGCAUCUCGCCUCAGGAGGAGAUGAUGCAGCCAUUCUGCUGUGGAAGCUCAAUGACAGCAAAGAGCCUGAACAGGCACCCGUGUUCCAGGAGGAAGAAGAUGCUCAGCUGAACAAAGAGAGUUGGUCUGUCGUCAAGACAUUGAGGGGCCACAUUGAGGAUGUGUAUGACAUCUGCUGGACCCGCGAUGGAAACUGCAUGGUGUCUGGUUCUGUAGACAACACCGCUAUCAUGUGGGACAUCAACAAAGGACAGAAACUGUGCAUCCUGAAUGACCACAAGAGCUAUGUGCAGGGUGUGACGUGGGAUCCGCUGGGGCAAUAUGUUGCCACUCUCAGUUGUGACAGGGUAAUGCGCGUGUACAGCACUCAUACGAAGAAGAAAGCCUUCUGUGUAAGCAAAAUGAGCUCGGGCGCACCUGCAGAUGGAGAGGUCAAGCAGCACCGCAUCUUCCACGAUGACAGUAUGAGGUCCUUCUUCCGACGUCUUUCCUUCACAGCAGAUGGCUCUUUUUUGCUUGCUCCAGCCGGGUGUGUUGAGGUAGGGGAAACCGUCACAAAUACUACCUACAUCUUUUCUAGGAAGAGCCUCAAAAGGCCAGUUGCCCACUUGCCAUGUCCAACUAAGGCCACGCUGGCUGUGCGGUGUUGUCCAGUCUACUAUGAGCUGAGAACCAAGAAGGCAGAAGACGGUUCGACCGAGCCCCUUCCCAGUCUAUUUAAGCUGCCGUACCGCAUGGUAUUUGCAGUGGCCUCCGAGGAUUCCGUUUUCCUGUACGACACACAGCAGGCACUCCCGUUUGGCCUGGUGUCCAACAUUCACUACCACACACUCAGCGACCUCACAUGGUCUCGAGAUGGUUCAUUCCUGGCAGUGUCCUCCACAGAUGGUUACUGCUCCUUUCUGUCCUUCUCUCCCGGGGAGCUGGGAACACCACUGAAGGAGCCUCCCACUCUGGAAGUCUUCACCCCUACCAGCGGUGCCGAGAAAAAGGGCAAAAAGACGCCAACAGCCCGGACCUCAUCCCCCGUGUCCCAGACACCAAGCUCAGCUACUACGCCCACGUCCCACCUGACCUCAGGAAGAGACAACAGCAUCUCCUCUGUCAGGACCCCGGAUGAGCAGAAGACAAAGUCCAAGCCUCAGCCUCGAAAGAUCACCCUCAACACGCUAGAGGCCUGGGGGAAACCCACAACUCCAAAAAGCACGCCACCCUCUACCCCUCAGACGCCGACGUCCGAAAGCACUAGCGCACCCUCAACUCCUCAACCCUGCGUCAACCCACUCACACCGAGCUCCUCGAAAAAGGUGUCCCGCCUCACCCCGCUAACUCCCACAACACCCAAAGUCCUCAACAGCACCAACUUGCCCACCACUCCGAAAGGUGCCAUGUCUUCUAAAGGACCCACUCCAAGGCGAGUUUCUUUGACUCCCGUUGGAUCGCAUACAGCCAGUUUGCUUUUCAGCUCUCCAGCAUCCACUGAGAAAGCUAAACAUGGACGCCCUUCUCCUCCCACCGACCCCCUCUGCCAGCCUCCGGAGUCCAAGCGGCCCAAGACCAACGACGAUGCCUCUGCAGCAAGCAGCGGCACUCAGCUUUAGUGGGACCAUGACAUUAGCAUGACUGUCGCAAUGACGUCAUGCUCAAAACAUCUUGUGUGUAAUAACGCAGUGCUUUUGGGAUUAAGAGGGUAACACGUUCACCGACGAUAUACUCAAAAUUUAUCACAAUCGCUUUGAGUAGGGAGUUUUGAAUGAUUAUUAGCUGCUGUGUGAUGUCUUAAAUUAGCAUGUAACAUUUUGAUCUUAAAAUUCUUAACACUGUAAGAAAAAACUUAUUAUAGCAGAGUAAUAAAUAAGCACUUGAAGGAUUAGUGCUGUGUGAAUUUUGAAUAUAUUUCCUGUGUCUUAAUUUGUCUUUGGCGUGUCUGAUUUGAACUCUCAAAAUGAAAUGUAAAAGUUUUUUUUUUUCCCUCCACCCUGUAAUAAAAGAGGUCUCCUCAUCUCAUUAAG